UGCUGCAUGAGGAAACCGGAGAGCCUAGAUAAAACUCACAUUACACGGGGAGAACAUGCAAAUUCCUCACAGAGCUGCCCAAGCCGGGUUCAAACUCAGGACCUUAUUGCUGUCAUUGAACUAUGUUCAGGCAUAGUAAUAUUUUAUUAUUAUUACUUUCAUCAUUUGCACUAGGACAGAUCUUGUUUGCCAACUAAAAGUAGCUCUGUCUGUAGCUUGUUAUGUAAGCACAGUAAAUGGUCAAACACACCUUUGUGCAGACUCUGAAUUAUUGGUUACGGAUGUUGUCUGUCCUGUAAUAUCAGUAGGGUGCAGCACUACAGUGUUUCACACGGGUGAAAGAAAAUCAGCACAACAGCUCUGACCUUCUUCCUGCUCCUGGUUUAACUCUCUUUAACAAUGUGGCUUUAUAAUUUUUUGCCAGAUUUUGACCUCUGGGGGCUAUUCCUGUUUAUUUUCAUUUUUAUCAUAAUAGCAGAUUUCCUCAAAAACAGGAAUCCACCAAAUUACCCUCCAGGACCGUUGGCUCUUCCCAUUGUGGGGAAUUUCUUCAGUGUGGACAAUAAACAUCCACACAUUUAUUUCACCAAGCUGGCUGACGUCUAUGGGAAUGUGUUCAGCGUCCGCCUUGGCAGAGAAAAGAUGGUGUUUGUGUCUGGGUACAAGAUGGUGAAGGAAGCCAUAAUGACACAAGCCAACAACUUUGUGGACCGACCAUACAGUGCAAUCGCCGACAGGUUUUACUCAGGAGACACAGGUGGUUUGUUCAUGAGCAAUGGUGAAACAUGGAAGAGACAGCGACGCUUUGCUUUGUCUACCUUACGUACCUUCGGCCUGGGCAAAAGCACCAUGGAGCAGAGCAUCUGUGGGGAGAUCCGACACCUGCAGGAGGAGAUAGAGAAGGAGAAAGGUGAACCUUUCAACACAGCAGGCCUCUUCAACAAUGCUGUGUCCAACAUCAUUUCCCAGCUGGUGAUGGGGAAGCGGUUUGACUACGGCGACCACAACUUCCAGACCAUGCUGAAGCAUCUGUCUGAAGCUAUUCGGCUGGAGGGCAGUGUAUGGGGUCUGCUGUAUGAGGCAUUCCCCGGCGUUAUGAAGCACUUGCCAGGUCCCCACAACAAAAUGUUCAGCCACUACAACGACAUCCUAGACUUCAUUAGUCAGGAGGUAAAGAGCCACAAGACGGACCUGGACCACAACGAUCCCCGGGACUACAUUGACGCUUUCAUCAUUGAAAUGGAGAAUAACAAACAGUCUGAUCUGGGCUUCAAUGAGACCAAUUUGGCUCUGUGCUCUCUGGAUCUGUUCCUGGCUGGAACGGAGACAACGUCGACCACUUUGCUGUGGGCUUUGGUUUACCUCAUCAAAAACCCUGAUAUCCAGGACAAGGUCCAGGCAGAGAUAGACCGAGUGAUUGGACAGACCCGACAGCCCAGUAUGGCUGACAGAACCAACCUGCCCUACACUGAUGCCGUCAUCCACGAGAUCCAGAGGAUGGGAAACAUUGUUCCCUUAAAUGGUCUCAGAAUUGCCACCAACGAUACAACACUGGACGGUUACUUCAUACCCAAGGGUACAUCCUUGAUGCCCAACCUAACCUCUGUGCUGUUCGACAAGGCUGAAUGGGAGACUCCAGACACCUUCAACCCUGGACACUUCCUAGAUGCUGAGGGAAAGUUUGUGAAGAGAGAAGCUUUCCUGCCUUUCUCUGCAGGGAAACGGAUGUGUCUCGGAGAAGGCCUCGCCAAGAUGGAGCUGUUCCUGUUUUUAGUCGGUCUACUACAGAAGUUUGCUUUUUCUGUUCCUGAUGGAGUAGAGUUGAGUACAGAAGGUGUUACUGGAGCUACACGUGUACCGCACCCCUUCAAGGUUUACGCCAGGCGACUGUGGAGAACCACCAACGCCAUCUGGAGGAUAAGCGAGGUCGCCCAGCAGUGGAGAUUCACAAAGGGGGUCUGGAUUCCAAAUCAGGAGACCUCAAAGUUAGCUAAGUCAGAGCUGCCAGGUAAAUUCAAAGCCUACCAGAAUGGCAUCCUGCCACGACUCCUCUUGCAGCUGCUGGUCUAUGAGGUUCCACUGAAGAACCAUCGAGGGCUUCGAAGGAAAGUUAAGCCACUUCCUGCUCAGGUGGCUAGGCCCACCACGAGCAGCAGCAGCAGCAUCGCCAAGUGUGGGAGCAAGAACAAGCAGCAGCUCCCCUUCAGUAGCCUGACAGAGGAGUUCAUGAUGGAGGAGGCCUUCAAGAGGAAGAGGGCCAAGUAUGAAGGGCUGCUGGCUGACGUCUAUGGGAAUGUGUUCAGCGUCCGCCUCGGCAGUGACAAGAUGGUGUUUGUGUCUGGGUACAAGAUGGUGAAGGAAGCCAUAGUGACACAAGCCAACAACUUUGUGGAUCGACCAUACAGUGCAACUCAGUACAGGAAUUACUCAGGAGACUCAGCUGGUCUGUUCACAAGCAAUGGUGAAACAUGGAAGAGACAGCGACGCUUUGCUUUGUCUACCUUACGUACCUUCGGCCUGGGCAAAAGCACCUUGGAGCAGAGCAUCUGUGAGGAGAUCCGACAUCUGCAGGAGGAGAUAGAGAAGGAGAAAGGUGAACCUUUCAACCCAGCAAGUCUCUUCAACAAUGCUGUGUCCAACAUCAUUUGCCAGCUGGUGAUGGGGAAGCGGUUUGACUACAGCGACCACAACUUCAAGAUCAUGCUGAAGCAUCUGUCUGAACUUUUUCGGCUGCAGGGCUCUAUUUGGGGUCUGCUGUAUGAGUCAUUCCCCGGAUUGAUGAGGCACUUACCAGGUCCCCACAACCAAAUAUUCAGUCAAUUCAAGGCCAUCCUAAACUUCAUCAGUCAGGAGGUAAAAAGCCACAAGAAGGACCUGGAUCACAGCAAUCCAAAGGACUACAUUGACGCUUUCAUCAUUGAAAUGGAGAAUCUCAAAGAGUCUGAUCUGGGCUUCAAUGAGACCAAUGUGGCUCUGUGCUCUCUGGAUCUGUUCCUGGCUGGAACGGAGACAACGUCGACCACUUUGCUGUGGGCUUUGGUUUACCUCAUCAAAAACCCUGAUAUCCAGGACAAUGUCAAAGCAGAGAUAAACCGAGUGAUCGGACAGACCCGACAGCCCAGUAUGGCAGACAGACCCAACCUGCCCUACACUGAUGCUGUCAUCCACGAGACCCAGAGAAUGGGAAACAUUGUUCCUCUGAAUGGACCCAGAAUGGCCGCCAAGGAUACAACACUGGGAAGUUACUUCAUACCCAAGGGUACAUCCUUGAUGCCCAUCCUAACCUCUGUGCUGUUCGACAAGACUGAAUGGAAGACUCCAGACACCUUCAACCCUGAACACUUCCUAGAUGCCGAGGGAAAGUUUGUGAAGAGAGAAGCUUUCCUGCCUUUCUCUGCAGGGAAACGAGUGUGUCUCGGAGAAGGCCUCGCCAAGAUGGAGCUGUUCCUGUUUUUGGUCGGUUUACUACAGAAGUUCUCUUUCUCCGUUCCUGAUGGAGUAGAGUUGAGUACUGAAGGAGUUACUGGAGGUUUACGUGUACCGCACCCCUUCAAGGUUUACGCCAAGGCUCGCUGAAUUAUACAACAUCUUAUUGAACCAUUUUUCAUCUAAACAAUGUGUAACAGACAAGACUAAGCAAAUGCUUUAGGAGAAAAAGCUGUAGUUACUUUUCGAUCUCAACCUUCUGUUGUAUCAUUGUCUCAUGUACUGAGGGACUGUUUAUUCUCUCAGCCUGUACAUUUAAUUUCAUGUGACAAAGCUGUUUUUACAUACAAAUAUUCCUGUAUUAAUGGCAGUGUGUAUAAGACAUUUCCCUUUGCCCUUGUUGUUAAUGACAAAAUGUAUAAAUAUUUCAUAAACUUAGGUUCUUUAAACACUCUUUACAAUCAAGCUGUAUUGUAAUAAGUUUUCGUACACUAAUGAUAAUCAGUUAUGUCAUAUAUGAGCCAUUACUUAACAAUGAACUGAAGUCGUUAAACUAUUCAAAUACAUUGUUUAUGAUUAAUAAAUGAUUUGAUGAUUUGUUUCACAAA